AUGAGUGUGAUGUUUGUGUUCACUGCGACCGGAUAUCCAGGAUAUCGGAUUGAUGAAAGGGGGCGCGGUAGCCCCGAAAGGGGGCCACGCACGUCUCGACACUCGCCGCCGCGCACAACUUGUCUCUCUCCACCAACCCCUCCAGCUUUCCUCGACGAAAUGGCAGUCCAACUUACGCAAGAUGCGAUCAAGAGGAUGUUCGAGGACCAAAACCUCGAGAUCGAGAAUCUGACGGUCCAAGUGAUCAGCAUCAAGUCCGUCGGAGCGGCCAACAUGGCAGCUGCGCCCCAGCGAUGGAGGAUCAUCAUUUCGGAUGGGCAGAUGUUCAUCACGGCGAUGCUCGCGACCCAGCUGAACCAUUUUGUGCAAAACAACCAGAUCAAGAAGCACUCGAUCCUCCGCGUGCCGUCCUACACGGUGAACGUGAUCGGCUCGCGCCACGUGGUCGUCCUGCUGGGGGUCGAGGUGGUCCAGUCGGACUACCCCGAGCGGAUCGGCAAUCCGGUCACCUGCGACGGCGAGGCCAACGCGGCCAAGGAGAACAGCGCCUCCAAGCCCGCCCCGGCGCCCGCCAGCCGCGCGCCGCCCAAAGCCGACCCCAAGCCCGAGGCCGACGUCAAGCCGAAACCAUCGACCUACAAGCCCAACGCCCCCGCCUCCAAACCGACCAAGCCCGGCGGCGCCCGGCGCGCCGGAAGUCACAUCCCGAUCGCCGGACUCAGCCCCUUUGCCAACAACUGGAAGAUCAAGGCCCGAGUGUCGCAAAAAUCGGAGAUCAAGCGAUGGUCGAAUGCCCGUGGAGACGGGAAGCUGUUCUCGGUGACCUUCCUGGACGAGAGCGGACAGGUCAGGGCGACCGGCUUCAACGAUGCCGUCGAUAACCUGUACGAUUCGCUCCAGGAAGGCAAGGUCUACCUCGUCUCUCGCGGCAAGAUCAAUAUCGCUAAGAAGCAGUACAACAACACCGGCCACGAUUACGAGAUCGUUUUCGAAAACGCGACCGAGGUCGAAGAGUGCCAAGACAGCGCCGAUACGCCGAAGAUCGUGCUGCAAAAACUGACCAAGUUGGGGGACCUGAACGAUGUCGAAAAGGACUCGAUGGUCGAUGUUGUAGCAGUGGUGAAAGAGGUGGGGGAGAUUGCGGAGAUAAUUGGCAAAGUUAGCCAGAAGACGAUGAUCAAGCGAGACAUCACGUUGGUUGAUCAGUCGGCGUAUUCGGUGCGCAUGACGCUGUGGGGGAAGACGGCGGAGACGUUUGAGGCGCCGACGGAGUCGAUCGUGGCCUUCCAGGGGGUGAAGGUGGGCGACUUCGGGGGGCGGAACCUGAGCAUGCUCUCGAGCUCGGCGAUGCUGGUGAACCCGGACAUCCCGGAGGCGUUUGAGCUGAAGGGAUGGUACGACAACGAGGGCGUGAACGCGACGAUCCAGAGCUUCAGCUCGACCGCCGGCGGGAUCGGCCGCGAGAUCACCGAGGACUCGCUCAAGACGAUCGCCGAGAUCAAGGAGGCCCCGCUCGGAAUGGCCGAGCGCGGCGACUUCUUCAACUUCCGCGCGACGAUCAUGUACAUCAAGAACGAGACGAUCAGCUAUCCCGCCUGUCCGACCGAGCGCUGCAACAAGAAGCUCCUGCGGGACGGGGACGACGAGUGGAGGUGCGAGAAGUGCGACAAGCUGUUCCCAGCCCCGGACCAUCGAUACUUGAUCCAGAUGACGGCGCAAGACCACACGGGGACGAUCUGGCUGUCGGGGUUCAACGAGGUCGGGCAGGUGGUCCUGCCGCUGACGGCCAACGAGCUGGUGGCGAUCAAGGAGAGCGACGAGGCGCAGUACCAGCGGACCGUCGCCGAGGCGACCGCCAAGACCUACACGAUGGUCUGCCGCGCCAAGGAGGAGACCUACAACGACGUCAGCCGCACCAAGUACUCCGUCAUCCGCCUCGCCCCCGUCGACUGGGCCGCCGCCGGCCUCCAGCUCGUCGACUCCCUCCUCAAGGCUUAUUCCGCCUGA